AUGGAGUCGGAGAAUCCUAGUUUGAAAAACAAACUCCCUGCCCUCAACUGGCUCUCGGUCUCGAAAAUGAUGCAGUAUAGAGUGCAGAACUUUGCUAAAUACGCUGAAAAGCUUUGUGGAAGCAAACACAGCAUGGCAACCUCCAGUAUUUCAGAAACCUUCUCCUGCCCUUUGCCUCCCUACUUCGCAAGUCAUUUUCUUGGCACUCCCUCGAUCACAGAAGAUCUUAUUAGACGGAAUGCAGAGCACAACGACUGUGUGAUUUUUUCCCUGGAGGAGCUCUCCUUGCAUCAGCAAGAAAUAGAAAGACUAGAGCACAUCGACAGAUGGUGCCGGCACUUGAAAAUCCUCUACCUUCAAAACAAUCUCAUUGGGAAAAUCGAAAAUGUCAGCAAACUCAAGGAACUUGAAUAUUUGAAUUUAGCUUUAAACAACAUUGAAAAAAUUGAAAAUUUGGAAGGAUGCGAAGAGCUGACAAAACUUGACUUGACUAUAAAUUUCAUCGGCGAGCUGAGCAGCAUUAAAAGCCUUCAGCACAACAUCCACCUGAAGGAGCUGUUUCUCAUGGGAAACCCAUGUGCAGACUUCGAUGGCUACAGGCAGUUCGUGGUGGCUACUCUUCAGCAGUUAAAGUGGUUGGAUGGUAAAGAAAUAGAACGUUCAGAAAGGAUUCAGGCAUUACAGAACUUUCCAGUAAUUGAACAACAAAUCAGAGAGCAGGAGAAAGCUUACUUCCUCAAACGAGCCAAAGACAAGGAAGAAGCUCAGCGGAAGCUGCAGGAAGAGCAUGAAAAAGAAGCAGAGGAAAGUCACCCAGGCUCUGAUGGACGUUGGUACGUGGGAACACAGACAUUGGCCUCAUCUUCUCUAGAGAAUCACGAGUACCUCCGGGCACCAGAGAUGCAAGAUGGGGAACAAAACAAAAAGAAACUGGCUGACGGCGAAGAUGACCUGGAAUUCUGGAAUAAGCCCUCUUUGUUUACUCCUGAAUCUAGACUGGAAACUCUUAGACAUGUGGAAAAACAACGGAAAGACCAAGAAAAAUUAAGAGAGAAAAAGAAGAAAGCGAAACCACCCAGGACUUUGAUCACUGAAGACGGGAAAGCCCUCAACGUGAACGAGCCCAAACUCGACUUCUCUUUGAAAGAUGAUGAAAAGCGUAACCAGAUCAUCCUGGAUCUUGCCGUGUACAGGUAUAUGGAUACCUCGUUAAUUGAUGUUGAUGUGCAACCAACUUACGUGCGAGUAACGGUCAAAGGAAAGCCAUUUCAGCUUGUCCUGCCAGCAGAAGUCAAACCUGAUAGCAGUUCUGCUAAAAGAUCUCAGACAACUGGGCAUUUGGUAAUCUGCAUGCCCAAGGUGGGAGAAGUAAUCACGAGGGGCCAGCAGACCGCCAAGCCCGUGAAAUGUACGCCGGACAGCAGCCGAGAGCAAGCAAGCCAAAGAAGCAAGCAAAUUGAAAAACUAGAAGUGGAUCCCAGCAAGCAUUCCUUCCCCGAUGUGGCUAACAUCGUUCAAGGAGAGACACGCACGCCCAGAAGGGUCCGAUCGGAACCCAAAAUUAUACCAAGUGAGGAAGAUCUGGACUUUGAAGAUAACCCUGACGUGCCUCCGCUGAUCUGA